AUGGACCAGCUGAGAGCUCAGCUGGAUACGGCUCAAGGACCUCGUCAACGUCACUCACGAAACUUGAGAACAUCAUGGCAGUCUCAUGGAGUGGUGCUAGCUGCCUUAGUCGACUACGGUAUCGAUGUCGUACAGUGUUCCGACGGAGGUACAUCACCAGUAACAGAGACAGCGCUUUUCUCAGCUGAUAAUUUCAACAUGGCGGCGCAUCUAGCAAUGAUGGAUGCGUUAAUGCUCGCUCAUCUUCGGAACGUCAUCACAGUUGGUCGAGUAAUCGAUGCCGUGAGUCGACACACGACUGUUGACGAAAGCGAGCGACCAAUGAAUUCAGUGGACGCGUUCCUAUUUUGGAUUAAUAAGGUUUGCCUUUUGGUGCGAGAUGACGAUGAACGGUCGCAGAUACAACUGAAAGGUGGUACUGACGGUGGGAUGAUCCCUGAAAUGGAAGAUCUCUAUGAUGAAAUUAGUGAUGGCCAAUGUCUUUGCACUCUCGUAGCUUGGUAUCGACCAAGAGGAAUGGAAAUUGAAGAUAUUUGCUAUAACGAUCAAAUCAGUACAGUUCAUUGCCAUUACAACCUGCUUUUGUUACAGUUCUGUUACAACUGUCUGCCGUGGAAUCCAUUUCAUUUUGAAACUGAAGAUAUCCUUUAUCUUCAUGAUUCACUCCAAAUGAAUAUCAACGUAUUUUUGGCCGACUUAUUCGAGAUCUUUGAACCUGCCCCCAAUGUUGUUGUUCAACAAGAAGCUGUUACAUCUCCACGUCGAUUCGUACCUAUCCAGGAAAUCCCAGACCUGCGAUCUGCUAAUUCAGCUGCUCACAGCCCACAUCCUCCAAAAGUUAGGAAUCCUUUCAGCAGUUUACAUGUAACAUCCACUCCAGGAGGUGGAAUGACCAUGCCAUCUCGAUCGAUCAGUAUGAUGAGUCAAGACAGCUUGCUCACCAAUAGGACUCACGAUUCCUGGCAAGUUGCGCCUCAGCACCAAGCAUCAGAGUACUGGAUUGCGAAUGUUACUAACUUCGGCCGCUUAGUUCAGCCUGAUGGAGGCAGUAACGGGAAUUUGUCAACUGCUGCAUGUUCGCCAUAUGCCAGAAGCGAUUCCCUUCCUACUGCUUCUAUAAGGCUUGGAAGAAAAGCGCCGCGAUCACGAAAAAGGAAGGUUUUGAUAAGCACAAUGACUGAAUUGGAACGAGCUGAAAAAGGCAAAGCAGCAUUCUUUGCUUUAAUGAGCAGGUGCGACGCUUCGGAUCCUGCCUCAACUGAGUCGCCCAAUGCGAAAAUGAUUCGUGAGUUGGAUCGUAAACUGGCUGACUUAUCUCAGCAAGUAUCAAUCAUGAACAUGGCUCCAGAACAACAGCGCAUUAGUCGUGCACCCUCACAGCCAAGUGUUUAUCAAGAUCCUCCACAAAUGCCUCCUAAUUUGGCAAGAGCUGGUUACGGGACUCUACCCCAUAUUUUGACAUCGCAGGCAGUUCCCAACUAUGCACAACCCUAUGCGCCGUCACAGGGGCACUAUGCGCAACCUCAACAGAUGCGUUCGAGUUUAUCCAAUGGAAUGUUGAACUAUUUGUCUGGCCAAGCGCCAUCGUACGGCGAGUACCCUACGAAUUUGGUUCAACCGCAUCAAAUACAACCUCCUGGGCAUACAGCAGACCCGUAUUCCUCACAAUUGGAGCACAUACACAUGCAACAACAGCCACAACAACCAGGUUAUUCUAUGAUGCAUCAGUCAGCUCACGCCGCCACCGGUUUCUCACUUCAUCAGCCGUCAGCAGUAGACGUUGCACCAAUGAUGCCCCCGGCUCCGAGAGGAACAGCUCGAGUGUCCAGCUGCCGAAUCGAUCCACCCUUAGAAAUCAAUCGCAAUUUGACAAACUGGGGCAUGACAUGUCAAAAGGGUCAUACGGGUCGCUCACAAAGGAGAACAUGGGAAAAUCAGACAUUUAUCAAAAGUGAGCAUGAUUUAGUGAAUCAACCUGAUCUUGUUCCCACAAUCCCCAGUGAAGAUGAUCAGAUACAGUGA